AUGGAUCCUAGCGUCAUGGGCUCCGACGAACCACCUUCGAACCCUAAAAUCUGGGCGUUCCCAGACACGAUACCUGCCUACAACCUCCGCAGCAAGGAAUGGAUUGACCUCGAAACAGACAUGAUCAGGGACGUUUCUUGGAACAAGCUUUCUUCCUCUCACCUUGCCAUCAACAAUGACUCCAAGGAGCGUGUUCGAGCACUCAUUACUAACCAUAUGGCUCGAGAACAGGUCACUGAUAUCAUUGAGAGCAAAGGAAAUGGUCUAAUAAUUAUCUUGUAUGGCGGCCCCGGCACUGACAAGACGUUUAAAGCAGAAAGUGUAGCUGAGAUGGCCGAAAAGCCACUGUUCAGAGUUACAUGUGGCCACAUUGGAACAAAGCCAGAAGAUGUUGAAGAAUAUCUGGAGGUUGGCAAGUUCGACGAAGCUUUCAAGUCACGCAUCCAGUUGUCUCUACAUUACGAAAAGUUGGACAAAGGCCAACGCAAGAAGAUCUGGAGAAAUUUCCUCAGCCGUCCCCAGGAAAUGGAUAAAUCUCCACUAAAGAUGCUUGCAGAGCCUGGCACUCGACUUCUCACGGAAAUUGCACCCGUUGCUAUCGACUUCGAACACAUCGACGGUUAG